AAGAUGCAGCCAGGAGACACCAGCUCCCGUCCCUUCAAGCAGAGGAAGAGUCUUGCCACCAGGAUGCACGAGGUGACGACCAUCCGCCUGAAAUACCCCAACAAGCUCCCGGUGGUUGUGGAGCGCUACCAGAAGGAGAAGACCUUGCCCCCCUUGAGCAGGACCAAGUUCCUGGUGUCCCAGGACCUGCCCCUGGCCCAAUUUGCCAUCACCUUGAGGACACGUCUUGGCUUGGCCUCCUCGCAGACCUUCUACCUGCUGGUGAACAACAAAGGGCUGCCCAACAUGGCCAUCACCAUGCAGGAGCUGUACCAGGCCAACAAGGAUGAAGAUGGUUUCCUCUACCUCACCUACGCCUCCCAGGAGAUGUUUGGCAGCUCCAAGGAGGAGGAGCCAGCAGCUGCUUGA